UUCUUGUCUUAGGGUUGGUAGGCUUAUUCCGUUGCACAACGAAAAAUUAAAAUAACAAUCGUUCAGACAUCCCAGUGCGUCCGUAGUUCUCACAUCAGAGGAAGCGCUCUGUAAACUUGGAGCGAAGCGAUGCGCCACCGGGUGCGUAUCUUGGCAGAGAUCAGUUCUUAAGGAUUUGGAAAUGGCACACAGUGGGCUAUCCCUGUGGAAUGAUUGACCCCUGCGUUUUCCAGCUCUAUCAUAUAUUCAAAUAUCGAUCAGCUCAUAACUUCCAAUAUUUUCCACGGACAGAAUUCUGCCGGGACGACACGGAAUCCGGAGAUUUUUGGAAGUUGCAAAUUGCUGUGAGUGGAUUUUGAUGCUGCUGAAGUUAUUUUGAUGUGACGGAGGUUUGAGGGUGAGCCACCUGCCUCUGGGAUCCCCGGUGAACACAUCAACUGCGGACGGAUCGGCGACGCGCUCAUAGAGAAGUCUCUGGCUCAGGCAGAUCUUCUGAUGACCUAAUGGAACUACAUCUACAACUAGUGCUGUUCUGGGUCCUUGUGCUGCACUGUGGAUCUGCUCAAGGCAGUAUCCUGUACAGGGUCCAGGAGGAGCAGCCCCCCAACACUCUGAUUGGUAGCCUGGCAGCAGACCAGGGUCUUCCAGACUCGGGCCAUCUCUACAAGCUGGAGGUCGGGGCCCCCUACCUACGUGUUGAUGGAAAGACCGGGGACAUUUUCACCACCGAGAUACCCAUCGACAGAGAGACCCUGAGGGACUGUCGAACCCUGGUUAAGGGCAAACCCUGCUACCUUGAAUUUGAAGUAUCGGUGACAGACCUGAUACAAAACCAGAGCCCACGACUGAUUGAAGGACGCAUUGAGGUACAGGACAUCAAUGACAACACUCCACAAUUUCCCUCUUCUGUGCUCACCAUUUCAGUCCCUGAAAACACAAUCAUGGGGGCGCUAUUCUCCAUACCUCUGGCUACUGACAGGGACUCAGACAGGAAUGGGGUGGCGGAUUAUGCACUGACUGCAGGGCCAGAUGCAGCAACCCUAUUUGGUUUACAGGUGGCUGACGACAGGGGGGGGAAGCUCCCACAGCUUAUUGUCCUGGGCAACCUAGAUCGCGAGUUAAAGGAUUCCUAUGACCUCACCAUCAAGGCAAUGGAUGGAGGAAAUCCACAGCGCUACAGCAGUGCUCUGCUGAGAGUGGUAGUCACUGAUGCCAAUGACAACUCUCCCAAGUUUGAAAGGUCCACGUAUGAGGCGGAAGUGUCCGAAAACAGUCCAGCGGGGCACUCUGUGUUGCAGGUCAAAGCAAAUGACUCUGACAUGGGCCCUAAUGGAGAAAUUGAGUACACCCUUCACCAAGCAGUAGACCCAGUGCCACAUCUUUUACGAAUUGACCGUUCCACCGGCAUCAUCUACGUCAAAGGACCCCUGGACAGGGAAGAAAUCAGCAGCUUGUCCUUUUAUGUGGUGGCAAGGGAUAAGGGUCCACAACCUAAAAGCUCAAAGACAUUUGUAACAAUUGAGGUUACUGACCAAAAUGACAACGAUCCAGUUGUGGAGAUUCGUGGAAUUGGUCUUGUGACACACAGCGAAGGAGUGGCCAACAUUUCAGAAGACAUGCCAGUUGGAACCGCUGUUGCUUUAGUGCAAGUGUCUGACAAGGAUGAGGGAGAAAAUGCUAUGGUCACUUGUGUGGUCGCAGGGGAUGUGCCGUUCCAGCUUCGCCCUGCCAGCGAUUCCUCCAGUGAUAGUAAGAGGAAGUAUUUCCUACAGACAACCACUCCCCUCGACUACGAGAGGAUUAGGGAUUACCAAGUCUAUAUUGUGGCUGUUGAUUCUGGAAAUCCAGCCCUCUCUAGUACAAAUUCUCUGAAGGUGCAGGUAACUGAUGUGAACGACAACUCGCCAAUAUUCUCCCCAACAUUGUUUGAGGUAGAUUUUGCCGAAGAAAACCAACUAGGGGAGAAGGUUUUAGAUGUUAUAGCUUCAGAUGCUGAUAGUGGCACUAACGCUGAACUCAUUUAUAAUAUUGUGGCAGACUCAUCUAUCAAAGGUCUGUUUGAGAUUGAUCCAAAUACAGGCGAAGUAAGAGCCCGAAGCCCCCUUGAUCGUGAGCAUAAAGAACGCUACGAGUUCCGGGUCACUGCAGCAGAUAAAGGGUCACCUGUUCAUAAAGGGACAGCAACUGUUGUAAUAAAAGUCCUUGACCGCAACGACAAUGACCCCAAGUUUAUGCUGAGUGGCUACAGCUUUUCAGUUUUGGAGAACAUGCCUCCUCUCAGUCCAGUUGGCAUGGUGACAGUCCUGGAUGUGGACAAAGGGGAGAACGCUCAAGUUCAACUGGCUGUAGAGCCUGAUGGAGGAAAGUUUGUUGUUCAAAAUGGAACAGGCACCAUUCUUUCAAGCAUCUCGUUUGACAGGGAGAAAGAAAGCAGCUAUACUUUCCGUCUUAAAGCAGUGGAUGGAGGAGACCCCCCUCGGUCUUCAUAUGUGGGCGUCACAAUCAAUGUACUGGAUGAAAAUGACAACAACCCUGUGGUCACCAAGCCCUCCAAUUCCUCCUUCAGGCUCUUGUCACCACUAGCUUCCCCAGAUAGCCACGUUGAGGUAGUGGAAGCCGAAGACCUUGAUAGUGGGCCUAAUGCUGAGCUGGUGUUCAGUAUUUCUGGUGGAAACCCUUACCAGUUAUUCCGCAUUUCACCGUCCAGUGGGGAGAUCACUCUAGCAAAAGAAAUGACUCGAAAACAUGGCGGCCUACAUCGCCUAGUGGUGCGAGUGAGUGACAGGGGGAAGCCAGCACGUCAUGCCACUGCGCUGGUCCACAUCUAUGUCAAUGACACCAUCUCAAAUGUCAGCUUAGUGGAGGCUCUGGUAGGACACAGUCUUUACACUCCACUGGAGAGGGACAUUGCUGGUGAUCCUGACUACGGUUUUGCUGCACAGCGUAGUAACAUUUUGUUUGGAAGCCUUGCCGGAGUGGCAGGUGUUGUCAUGUUGAUCCUGGUGGUGGUAUUUAUUCGACAUCGCAUCCAGAGAGAAACUAAGAGUGGGUAUCAGGCAGGCAAGAAGGAAACUAAAGACUUAUAUGCGCCCAAACAAGCACCAAAAAAUGCCAAAAGCAAACGAGGAAGGAAAGGAAAGCCCCAAAAGUCCCCUAAACCACUCGGGGAAGAUGAAGAAGUCAGCCUUCAAAAAAGUCUCAAGUUUAACCUUGAUGGAGUGAAUGAUAGCCCCAGGAUACACCUACCCUUAACAUAUUCUCCAGGAAGCCCCGAUAUAGGCAGGCACUACCGCUCCAAUUCUCCCUUACCCUCCAUCCAGCUGCAGGCCCAAUCCCCUUCGGCCUCACAGAAGCACCAGGCUGUCCAGGACCUUCCUGCCGCCAACACUUUUGUAGGAACGGGAGGAGAUGACAACUCUACCGGCUCAGACCAGUACUCAGACUACAGCUACAAGACCAGCCAGCUGAAGUACAGCAACAAACAGCAUACCCAUCGACGAGUGACCUUCUCCACCAACAACCCCGUGCAGGACCUGCAGGACGCCUCUCAGCACAGCUACUAUGACAGCGGCUUGGAGGAAUCGGAGACUCCCAGCAGCAAGUCGUCAUCUGGUCCCCGAAUCGGACCCCUGACCCUGCCUGAGGACCACUAUGAGAGAACCACUCCAGAUGGCAGCAUCGGAGAGACCGAGCACCCUGAAAACGAUAUCCGCUCGCUCCCUGAUGUGGCGAUGACCGGAAACUGUACGACCGAGUGCAGCGAGCUGGGCCACUCGGACGCCUGCUGGAUGCCCGGCCAUCCAUCCCCCGUACGCAAGGCCAGGAAUCCCCCGAAACUCUCCACCUUCGUGCCUUACCAGGAGAGAGGGAGCCUGGGACGCCUGGCUAACGGGAGCGCCAGGCUGGGUGGGGAGGAGCACAGGUCGCGCCUCCCGCCCUCCCGCAGUGCCUAUUCCAACAGCGGUAAUGACGCCAGUCAGGACUGCCCCUUAGAGGAGAUGCCCCUGAGCGUGGCCUCUGAGUUCCCGCCCACCCCCCCCUCAGCCCACACUCCAAAAAGGGAAAUUUACCUGUGA